GUGAGGAUCUGAUUGGACGUCCCGAUCGGCGAGGAGGGCAGGACGUGACGUGAUUGGCUGGCUCGGAGAAGGCCAGAGCGCUUUAGGCCAGAGCGGCAGGAGCGCGCGUCAAUUAGCGGCUGACAGAAGCGAUGCCCGAAGGACCCAAAGACUUUUCAACCUAGACCUUUUUUAUUUUUUUUAUUUUAUAACAGUUUGACUUAUUUUCUUGUUUUUCGGACAAUUGAAGCUGAUCCCAACUUCCUCAAUGUGGAUAUUUGUUGUUUUGAUGACGAUGGCAUCGCUUUGACUUUUACAGGAUUUUUAAUUGUCAUUCUUUCAAGGAGCUCAGCAAAGAAAGCAUGAUGUCAUACCUCCAGCAAGGUCCCUACAUGAGCGGACUGCUGAGCGGAGCCGCCGUGGACCUGCUGCACCCCUCCGUGGGCUACCCGGCGAACCCCCGGAAGCAGCGGCGGGAGCGGACCACCUUCACCCGGACCCAGCUGGACAUCCUGGAGGCUCUGUUCGCCAAGACCCGCUACCCGGACAUCUUCAUGAGGGAGGAGGUGGCCCUCAAGAUCAACCUGCCAGAGUCCAGGGUGCAGGUGUGGUUUAAGAACCGGAGGGCCAAAUGUCGUCAGCAGCAGCAGCAGAGCGGCGCCAAAGUCAAAGCGCAGAAGAAGAAGUCAUCUCCCGGCAGAGACAGCAGCGGCUCCGACAGCAGCGGGCCCUUCACGCCCCCCGCCGUCUCAAGCUCCGCCUCCUCUUCGUCCUCCUCAGUGGGCAUGAUCAGCACCGCCUCUUCCGCCGGCGCUCCGGUGUCGUCCAUCUGGAGUCCGGCGCCGGUCUCCCCGGUGUCGACGGCGCUGCCGGACGCCGUGGCCCCCGCCCCCGCCGCCGCCUCCUGCAUGCAGCGCAACGCGUCCUCCGCCUCUGGGGGGAUGGCGUCGUACUCUGUGUCUUACGGCCAAACGGCAGCGGCGUACGGUCAGGGCUACACGACGUCGCCGCCCGGCUCCUACUUUGGUGGCGUGGAAUGCGGCUCAUACCUGGCGCCUAUGCACACCCACCAGCUCAGCCCCAUGGCGGGCGGCGCCAUGUCGGGCCACGCCCAUCACCACCACAUUGCACAGACGUCGCACCACCACCAGCACCACCACGCGCCACAUACCCACCAGGCCUACGGCGCCACCGGCCUGGCCUUCAACACCUCGGACUGUCUGGACUACAAGGAGCAGACGGCCUGGAAACUCAACUUCAAUGCCUCGGACUGUUUGGACUACAAAGACCAGGCGCCAUGGCGCUUCCAGGUGCUGUGA